ACAUAAAUACAAAACAGUGAAGGCUCAACGUGAGACAGUUAUUUUUUUUAUUCUGGUAGAAAUAUUAGUUUAGAUCUUGAAGAUAUUUGUGGUUUGGUGAUAUAUCUGCGUCAGAAAAAUGUCUUCUAAUGAAUUGGAAGAAAUUGCCACAAUAGGGUUUCAGAUAAUUGCCUUAGCAAACGAAAAGCCGGGUGGUGUAAACAACGACGAUCUUUUACAUGCGUUACCGGAAAUUCAACCGGAACUGCGAGUACAAGCUUUAAAUAAACUGCUACAAGAAGGAGUACUGGAGUUGUUAAAGAAAGGACAAUCAUUAUUAUACCGGUUAAAGGAUCCGACAAAAAAGUCUACCGCACCAAAAGAUAUUGAUAAUGAAGAAAAAAUUAUAUACAAUAUCAUUGAAGAAGGAGGUAAUAAAGGUAUCUGGAUUCGGGAUAUUCGUGUCAAAUCGAACCUAAUCAUGACACAGUUAAAUAAGGUUUUGAAACAACUUGAGAAUAAGAAGCUGAUUAAGGCUGUUAAAUCAGUGAAUGCUAGCAAGAAAAAAGUCUAUAUGCUGUAUAAUUUGGAACCAGAUCGUUCAAUCACAGGAGGUGCUUGGUACCAGGAUCAAGAUUUCGAAGCUGAAUUCGUCGACGUUUUGAAUCAACAGUGCUUGAGAUUCCUUCGUAUGAAGAGGGAAACAGCUAAAGAGUGUCGAGAUGGACCAUUGGCAGUGCAGAAGUUAUCGUACUGCUCGGUAGCGGAUGUGCACAAAUUCAUUUCCGAUCUUGGCAUCAGCAAAAUUAGCUUGGAUGAAGAUGAUCUUGAAACGAUCCUGCGAACAGUGGUCUACGAUGGAAAAGCAGAAUCUAUUCCUACUGGUGACGGUAAAUUUCUAUACAAGGCCAUAGAAAGUCCGCUCUCAUCACCGGGACUGGUGCAAAUGCCAUGUGGAAUCUGCCCAGUAAUAAAACACUGUUCGGAUUGUGGUGAAAUUACACCGAAAUUGUGUUCAUAUAUUAGCGAGUGGCUGGACUAA